AUGGCUAAACCCACUUGUAAGAGAAAAACUAAUCCACCUCUCUCAUCCAUCUCCCUCAUUCAUCUCCCUCAUCCAUCUCCCUCAUCCAUCUCCCUCAUCCAUCUCCCUCAUCCACCUCCCCCAUCCACCUCCCUCAUCAUUCUCCCUCAUCAACCUCUCUCAUCCAUCUCCCUCAUCCACUUCCCUCAUCCAUCUCCCUCAUCCAUCUCCCUCAUCCAUCUCCCUCAUCCAUCUCCCUCAUCCACCUCCCUCAUCCACCUCCCUCAUCCACCCCCCUCAUAUACCUCACUCAUCCACCUCCCUCAUCCAUCCCCCUCAUCCACCUCUCUCAUCCAUCUCCCUCAUUCACCUCCCUCAUCCAUCUCCCUCAUCCAUCUCCCUCGUCCACCUCCCUUAUCAUUCUCCCUUAUUCGCCUCCCUCAUCCACCUCUCUCAUCCAUCUCCUUCAUCCAUCUCCCUCAUCCAUCUCCAUCAUCCAUCUCCCUCAUCCACCUCCCUCAUCCACCUCUCUCAUCCAUCUCCCUCAUUCUCCUACCUCAUCAACCUCCAUCAUCCACCUCUCUCAUCCAUCUCCCUCAUUCAUCUUCCUUAUCCGCCUCCCUCAUCCACCUCUCUCAUCCAUCUCCCUCAUUCAUCUCCCUCAUCAAUCUCCCUUAUCUGCCUCCCUCAUCCACCUCUCUCAUCCAUCUCCCUCAUCCACCUCCCUCAUCCAUCUACCUCUUCCACCUCCCUCAUCCAUCUUCCUCAUCCAUCUCCCUCAUCCGCCUCCUUCAUCCACCUCCCUCAUCCAUUCCUCCUCAUCCAUCCUCCUCAUCCACCUCCCCCAUCCAACUCCCUCAUCAUUCUCCCUUGUCCAUCUCCCUCAUCCAUGUCCCUCCUCCACCCCCCUCAUAUACCUCAUUCAUCCAUCUCCAUCAACCAUCCUCCUCAUCCAUAUCCACGACCACCAUCCACCUCCCUCAUCCAUCCUCCUCAUCCACCUCCCUCAUCCAUCCCCCUCAUCCACCCUCUCAUCCAUCUCCCUCGUUCAUCUCCCUCAUCCACCUCCCUCAUCCAUCUCCCUCUUCCACCUCCCUCAUCCAUCUUCCUCAUCCAUCUCCCUCAUCCGCCUCCUUCAUCCACCUCCCUCAUCCCAUUCCUCCUCAUCCAUCCUCAUCCACCUCCCCCAUCCACCUCCCUCAUCAUUCUCCCUUGUCCAUCUUCCUCAUCCAUGUCCCUCCUCCACCCCCCUCAUUCAUCCAUCUCCAUCAGCCAUCCUCCUCAUCCAUCUCCACGGACCACCAUCCACCUCCCUCAUCCAUCCUCCUCAUCCACCUCCCUCAUCCAUCCCCCUCAUCCACCUCUCUCAUCCAUCUCCCUCAUUCAUCUCCCUCAUCCAUCUCCCUCAUCCAUAUCCCUCUUCCACCUCCCUCAUCCAUCUCCCUCAUCCAUCUCCCUCGGCCAUCUCCCUCAUCCACCUCCCUCAUCCAUCUCCCUCAUCCAUCUCCCUCAUCCACCUCCCCCAUCCACCUUCCUCAUCCUUCUCCCUUGUCCAUCUCCCUCAUCCAUAUCCCUCCUCCACCUCCCUCAUCUACCUCACUCAUCCGCCUCCCUCAUCCACCUUUCUCAUCCACCUUCCUCAUCCACCUCCCUCAUCCACCAAUCUCCUUCCUUCACCUCCAUCAUCCAUCUCCCUCAUCCUUCUCCCUCGUCAAUCUCCCUCAUUCACCUCCCUCAUCCACUUCCCUCGUCCACUUCCCUCGUCCACUUCCCUCGUCCACCUCCCUCAUCCACCUCCCUCAUCCUUCUCUCUUAUCCAUCUCCCUCAGCAAUCUCCCUCAUCAAUCUCCCUUAUCCAUCUCCCUCAGCAAUCAUCAUCCCCCUCCCUCAUCCACCUCCCUCAUCCACCUCUCUUAUCCAUCUCCCUCAUCCAUCUCCUGCAUCCACCUCCCUCAUCCACCUCUCUCAUCCAUCUCCCUCAUCCACCUCUCUCAUCCAUCUCCCUCAUUCCCCUCCCUCAUCCACCUCCCUCAUCCAUCUCCUGCAUCCACCUCCCUCAUCCACCUCCCUCAUCCAUCUCCUGCAUCCACCUCCCUCAUUCAUCUCCCUCACCCAACACCCUCAUCCACCAUCUCCCUUUUUUAUCCACCUUCCUCUUCGACUUCUCCAGUCCAUCUCCGUCAUCAAUCAACUGUCAUGUUUUCUUUAUUUGGAUCACCGCCAUCUUCUGCUCAGAAUAUUAAAUAUCUUUUCAUUUUUGUGAAGAAUCCUCGUACGACGUUCGUUCUACUGUACUUCCUGUUUACCCUCGUGCGUGAAAACGUAAACAACUUUUCUGGAGCACACACGUGCCAAUCAGGGUCAGUCCAUGUCCAUCCGCCAAUAAUAAUAUAG